UCAAGUCUUUUUCUUUUGGCAUUGUGUAUCAUGGCUCUGGAGACAUUAUUGCUUUUGUGGGUAUAAAUUAUUAAAGGAGUAGAGCGGGGUUCUCUUUCUUUAAUGGGGUUGAGCGGGUUUCGUCCCUUCUCAUGCGUCUCUUUUUAGGUUCUUUUUUGGAAUCUCGUUGGUAGGUCUUUUGGCCAAGCCAAAAUAGUAACAUUUUGUUUUCUCUCAGGACAAAUUUCAAGGGGUUGACCUAAAUUUUUCUCCUCUUUUUUUUUUUGCUCAUCUCUUUUCCUUUUGACAGACAUCUAGUUAGUAUCUGAUUAUGUGAUUUUCGUGGUUCUGGCCAGGGACUUGAGUCGUUUUCUGAAGUGGGUAUGGCUUAUUGGAGUGGUUUUUUGAAGUAGGUAGAGGAGUUUCUGUGAUUUGCUGAGUCUUUGUGUAGACUCUGGGCUGUUUUGGGAGGACUAUUUGGCAGGGAGCUGCAUUUUGUUGCUACUUCAAGGUCUUGGGAGGCUUGCUCCAAGAAUUCAAGAGUGUUUUUUGAGAAAUUUAAGGGUGGCUUCUUUGAUUUGAAUGUGGUGAUUAAUUGAGGACAACAAUCACCUUUCUGUAAUUUUCUUUUUUGGCUUGUCUGGAGUUGGUACUGGUGUAUUGCUCUUAAUAAGGAGUAUAUUGGUUUGGAAUUGCUUGCUUUUCUUGUGAUUAUUGGGUUAAAGGAGGUUUACUUUGAGAUCUGUAUUAGAUUACAUUGGCAGGGAGCUUCGUUCUGUAAAAUCUCAGUGCUUGUUUUCUGAGAAAAUGGCUUGCAUGAAACUGGGAUCUAAAAGUGAUGCAUUCCAAAAGCAAGGGCAGGCCUGUUCCCUUUGCUAUCUAGAAGUGGGGUUAUGGAAAGGUUGAUUGCAGAAGCACUGGAAGAAGGGGAUGAAAAAUGUGUGAUAAAUCUCCCUGACAUUCCUGGUGGGGCCAAAACAUUUGAACUUGUGGCCAAGUUCUGUUACGGUGUCAAACUUGAACUUACCUCCUCAAACGUUGUGUACCUCCGUUGUGCUGCUGAGCAUCUUGAGAUGACCGAGGAUUAUGGCGAGGGCAAUCUAAUCAUGCAGACUGAGACCUUCUUUAACCAAGUAGUCCUUCGUAAUUGGAAAGACUCUUUAAAAGCACUUCAAACAUGUGAUGAUAUUCUUCCCUAUGCUGAAGAACUUAAUAUUACAAAGAGGUGUAUCGAGUCACUAGCCACAAAAGCAUGUACUGACCCUAAUCUUUUUGGAUGGCCUAUAAUGGAGCGUGGGCCCAUGCAGAGCCCUGGGGGCAGUGUCUUGUGGAAUGGGAUAAGCACAGGGGCUAGACCGAAGAAUUCAAGUUCAGAUUGGUGGUACGAGGAUGUGUCAACUUUAAGUUUACCUCUCUACAAGAGGUUAAUUUCCAUUAUGGAAUCUCGUGGUAUCAGAGAAGAGAUAAUUGCUGGAUCCCUUGCUUUCUAUGCAAAAAAGUACCUUCCUGGGCUGAAUAGGCGCCAAGGUGCCAGUGAGUCUAGCUCCCGUGUAGUUCCUGCAGCUUUGGCUCCACCAUCAGAAGAAGAGCAGAAGACUUUGCUUGAAGAAAUUGAUAGGUUGCUUCCGAUGCAGAAAGGUCUAGUCCCAACCAAGUUCCUAUUUGGUCUCCUUCGGACUGCCUUGAUUCUUAAAGCAAGCCCCUCUUGUUUAUCGAAAUUAGAGAAGAGGAUUGGGAUGCAGCUUGAUCAAGCAACACUAGAAGAUCUUUUGAUGCCCAAUUUCUCUUAUUCUAUGGAGACACUUUACAAUGUGGACUGUGUGCAGCGGAUUCUCGGACACUUCCUUUCCAUGGAUCAAAUUGCAGGUGGAGCCUCUCCAUGUUCAGUGGACGAUGGUCAGUUGAUUGGAUCACCAUCAUUAACACCAAUCACAAUGGUGGCCAAACUGAUUGAUGGUUACCUGGCAGAGGUUGCACCGGACGUAAACUUGAAGCUUCCCAAGUUUCAAGCUCUUGCUGCUGCUGUUCCUGAUUAUGCCAGGCCUCUCGAUGAUGGCCUUUAUCGUGCAAUCGAUAUUUACCUGAAGUCACACCCGUGGUUGGCGGAGUCCGACAGAGAACAGCUCUGUAGGCUGAUGGACUGUCAGAAGCUCUCCUUGGAAGCUUGCACCCAUGCUGCACAGAACGAGAGACUACCACUAAGAAUUAUAGUCCAAGUUCUCUUCUUUGAGCAGCUUCAGCUUCGGACGUCCAUUGCUGGCUGCUUUCUGGUUUCCGACAAUCUAGAGGGGUCAAGACAACUGAGAAGCGGUUUUGCUGGGUCUACCGAGGGAGGCUGGGCAACUGCUGUUCGAGAGAAUCAGGUUUUAAAGGUCGGAAUGGAUAAUAUGAGGAUGAGGGUUUCCGAGCUUGAGAAGGAGUGUUCAGACAUGAGGCAGGAGAUUGAAAAGCUGGGUCGAACGAAAGGUUCUAGUGCUUGGGGAAAUGUAUCAAAAAAAUUUGGUUUUAAGCUAAAAUCUCAGAUGUGCAGUGCUGAAGAGGGCUCUGUUAGCAACCAGAAUAAUGGCAGUGCCAAGUCUGAGAAGGCAAAAGACAGGCAGGGAAAACACAAGAAAAACUUGUCUUCUGAUGGGUAAGGUCCCCAUUUUAUUUUAUUUAUUUAUUUAUUCUCUUCAAAUUUGUUUGUUUUUCCAUUUAAAAUUGUAAUUUUACUAGUUGCUGUACUUCUGAAAUUGUCAGUUCAGAGACACAAACUUAAGUUUCAUCUUCUUGUUUGUCACUUUGCUGUCUAAUUUGUUCAUCUGUAGUGUGUAGUUUAUGUAGUUUCUGACCUUGUAAUCCAGAUGGAAGCAAAGAAAGCUGUAAUUUUUAGUUGUA